AUGAUCUCUCAGUUCUUCAUUCUAUCGCAGAGAGGCGACAGCAUCGUCUUCCGCGACUAUCGCGGUGAAGUACCGAAGGGGAGCGCUGAGAUUUUCUUCCGCAAAGUGAAAUUUUGGAAGGACGAUGGGGAAGGGGAUGCGCCACCUGUCUUUAAUGCGGAUGGUGUAAACUACUUUCACGUGAAAGAUGCUGGGUUGCUAUUUGUUGCGACAACAAGAGUGAAUGUGUCACCUUCUCUUGCUUUGGAACUUCUGCGAAGGAUUGCAAGAGUCGUUAAAGAUUACCUUGGGGUUCUUAGUGAAGAUGCAUUGCGAAAAAAUUUUGUGCUUGUGUAUGAGUUGCUCGACCAAAUUAUUGACUUUGGUUAUGUGCAGACAACUUCGACUGAGGUUUUGAAGUCAUAUGUGUUCAAUGAGCCUGUUGUGGUUGAUUCUUCACAGUUGGGCCCUGCUGGAAUAUUUAUGGCCAAAAGAAUGCCAGUGACAACAAUCACAAAAUCUGUUGUAGCAAAUGAGCGUGGGGGAAGGAAAAGAGAGGAAAUUUUUGUUGACAUAAUCGAGAAAAUGAGUGUUACAUUCAGCUCCAGUGGAUAUAUACUUACUUCUGAGAUUGAUGGUACCAUCCAAUUGAAAAGUUAUCUUACAGGCAACCCAGAAAUUCGACUUGCUCUUAAUGAGGAAGUGGGUAUUGGAAGAGGUGGAGAAUCAAUCUAUGAUUAUGGUAGUUCACUUGGAUCAGGAGCUGUUAUACUGGACGAUUGUAAUUUCCAUGAAUCUGUUCAUCUUGAUAGUUUCGAUGUUGACAGAACACUGACAUUGGUGCCAACAGAUGGUGAAUUUCCUGUCAUGAAUUACCGCAUCACUCAGGAAUUCAAGCCUCCCUUUUGUAUUAAUGCGUUAAUUGAAGAAGCAGGACCAUUUAAGGCAGAAGUUACUAUUAAAGUGCGUGCUGAUUUCCCCUCGAGCAUUAUUGCAGAUAAAAUUCUUGUGCAGAUUCCACUGCCAACGUAUACAACUAGAGUUAGUUUUGAGUUGGAACCUGGAACAGUUGGAAACACAACCAAUUUUACUGAAGCAAACAAGAGAAUGGAGUGGGGUUUAAAGAAGAUUGUAGGUGGAUCUGAACAUACAUUACAUGCAAAGCUGACAUUUUCACAGGAAUCACAUGGAAAUAUUACCAAGGAAGCUGGACCUGUUAGCAUGACCUUCACAAUACCCAUGUUUAACGCUUCAAGACUUCAGGUGAAAUACUUGCAUAUAACAAAGAAGUCGAAGAGCUACAAUCCAUAUCGAUGGGUGAGAUAUGUCACACACUCAAAUUCCUAUGUUGCCCGGUUGUAA